AUGACCGAUUCCGACGGAACCGCCACCGCUCUACAGCCGACGAUCCAUAACCACCCCACCGCCGAAGCAAUCCGAAUACAAGAUGAUGGUGCCACCAGCCUCAACACCACCCAGAAGCAGCAAUCUCAGCAUUUGGCCCCUCCACAGCGCAACCGCGACGCCGUGAUUUCUCACCUAAUCGAGACCUUGCCCACUCCCUCUGUCCUCUCCAAACGCUACGACACGAUUUCGACCGAGGAGGCUGCGGACGUGGUUGGCUGCAUCGAGGAGGAAGCUUUUGUUGCUCCAGCCACUCCACUUCGCCCGAGGAUGAAGGGUUCAAAAUCCUCCACAGCUUGA